AGCAAAAGUCUGUCAAAACAGGGUAAACUUAAAUCGCCAGGCUGGGAUUUGCGCAUGCGUGGAGGAUGUUUUCACGUUGCUCAAGAAAAAGGUUCUGGAUCUUUUGCAAAACAGGUUAAUUUACAUAACAACCGACAGUCUUUGGUAAUAUAAACCCCUCAUUGGUUUAAUAUUUUUCUUGAGCGUUUUCAUCUGACGAACCAAGAUAAGAUAUGGCAGAGGAAAGAUUUAAGAAAGCGGAAACACUCGAAAUGAGAAAGAGGUUAAUUGGCCAGUCGUUGAGGCUGUUUUAUUCGGACGAUCCUGUGAAGAUAGUCAAAGCAAGAGGACAAUAUCUGUUUGACGAAAAUGGAAAACGUUUUCUGGAUUGCAUCAGUAACGUUCAACAUGUGGGACAUUGCCAUCCAGAUAUAACAAAGGCUGCUGCAGCCCAAAUGGACCUCCUGAAUGCAAAUUCCCGGUUCCUCCAUGACAACAUCGUCCUUUAUGCAGACCGACUGGCUGCCACCCUGCCUGAGAAACUGUCGGUGUUCUAUUUUGUCAACUCUGGCUCAGAGGCCAACGAUCUUGCCCUCCGCCUUGCAGAGCAGUACACCCAGCAUGAGGAUGUUAUAGUGCUUGACCAUGCAUACCACGGGCAUCUUAAGUCUCUCAUCGACAUCAGUCCUUACAAGUUCCGAAAACUGACAGGACAGAAAGAAUGGGUUCAUGUUGCACCCUUACCUGACACUUACAGAGGAAUAUACAGAGAAGAGCAUCCCAAUCCAGGUCAAGCUUAUGCUGAUACAGUAAAAGACUUGAUAGAGGAGAUCAGCAGAAAAGGUCGAAAGAUUGCAGCCUUCUUUGCUGAAUCAAUGCCCAGUGUUGGUGGACAAAUCAUCUUGCCCCAAGGAUACUCGUCUAAAGUCGCAGAAUAUGUGCGAUCAGCUGGUGGAGUGUUUGUCGCAGAUGAAGUUCAGACAGGAUUUGGGCGCACAGGGACUCACUUCUGGGCUUUCCAGCUUCAGGGAGAGGAUUUCUGUCCGGAUAUCGUUACCAUGGGCAAACCGAUGGGUAACGGACAUCCUUUGGCCUGUGUUGCAACCACUGUGGAGAUAGCUGCAGCCUUCACUGCUAAUGGAGUGGAGUACUUCAAUACGUUCGGGGGUAAUCCAGUGUCGUGUGCGAUCGGUCUGGCAGUUCUGGACGUGAUAGAGAAGGAAGAUCUAAGAGGAAAUGCCGUCAGGGUGGGAACUCAUCUGAAAGAUUUGCUGAAGAAACUCCAAACAAGACACGAAAUAAUCGGAGAUGUCCGAGGGGUCGGUCUGUUUGUGGGACUGGAGCUGGUUACAGACAGGCAAAGCAAAACCCCUGCAACCAAAACUGCAGCACAGGUGGUAAAAAGAUUAAAGGAAGAGGAUCAAAUCUGCGUCAGCACUGAUGGCCCCUGGGAAAACAUCCUCAAGUUUAAGCCUCCCAUGUGCUUCAGUAUGGAAGACGCACAACUAGUUGUUCAGUGCAUUGAUCGGAUCCUGACGGGUUUGUAGCACA